AUGGCUUUUAUCAACAAGAUUGGAAAUAUACUCAAGCAAACAUCACACAAGCUGCAAAUUUUGGAGCCAUCAGUUCCUAAUGCACCAUUUCACCAGGCUAUCAGAUGUUUUUCUUCUUCAAAGCUUUUCAUUGGAGGUCUUUCAUUUGCUACAGAUGAGAAUAGCUUAAGAGAAGCAUUCCUGCCUUAUGGGGAUGUCGUGGAAGCCAGGGUUAUAUUUGAUCGUGAGUCUGGAAGGUCAAGAGGCUUUGGCUUUGUCUCUUAUGCAUCUGCUGAAGAGGCAUCUUCUGCCAUCCAGGCUUUGGAUGGAAGGGAGCUUCAUGGCCGAUUUCUAAGAGUAGCUUAUGCUGCUGACCAGAGGCUUACUAGUCCUGGUCCAAGUUUUUCUGGUGCUUCUGGUUAUGGUGACAGCUUUAGAGGAAAUGACAGUUAUGGAACUGUUACCAGUCACACUGGUGGCAAGUUCAGUGGCGGAGACAGUAACAACGCAAAUGGUGGUUAUGAUUCCUUUAGUAACGCAGGAUUUGGAAACACUGGAGAAUACAGUGAUGGCAAUUGCAGCAGGCCUAAUGCUGGCAUAUAUGAGGGCUUUUCUGCCAAUGAAAAUGGAGCAACUAAUUACACUGCCAGUCCUGAUAGCUUCAAGACCCAUUAUGUCUCAAAUGGAGCUGAUGGUGGGCGCUAUAUACAAAAUGCAGGUAACGACUUUGGAGGCAGUCCUGGGAGUGGUUAUGGUGCUGCAUUUGGUAGAUGUAGUUUCGAAAAUGGUAGUCAUGGACCCACUGGCAACUAUAGCAGUAGCAGAGAUGGCAAAGGAAUUGCUGAUAGCUACAACACUACUAAUAACGGAUUUAACAGCUUUAUUGGCAAGACACCUUGUACUACCAUGAGACAAGGCAACGGUAAUUGGCAAGGUCAUAACUUGGACACCAGCAAUAACUGUAAUAAUCAGGAUGAGCCCAGAGGCAACAUAUAUGACAAUGGCUAUGUCAAUUCCAGGUUUGGUUGAUUGGAAAAUAUUACCAGAUGAUUGAACUAUCUAAUUUGUUCAUCAUGAUUUACGAGGAACAUGUCUUUUUUUUCGUUCCUUGCUCAUACCGUUUUUUUUCCCUCUCUUUUUGACAGGCCUAUUGAUGGGUUUUUAUUGUAGGAUUUGAGUGUCAUUUUAAAGGAAUUCUCACAAAGUAAUAUUUGGUCUUGUGGAAUUCUCGAAUUGUAAACGGUUGAUGUUUUGGAUGUGUCAAUCAAAUUACAACAUUUGGAAUUUCACUUUUGUCGAUAUAUAUCGUUAGAUUUAGAUUCAGAGUUGUGUGCUCGAGAAUGCUUGAAAUUAAAUGUUUUCAUUGUGUGUUUUUCUAAUAAUAUGCCUUAUUUUGUCUUUCCAAAUAACAAAUUAUAAAUAUUACGGAGAUUCCUCAAAAAAAAAAUAUACGGUGAAAUUACUGUCAAAUAAAAAAAACGAAGAAAUAGUCACAACCCACGUUGAAACCAUAACUAUACCGCAGAGAUUUGCGUAAAACCAAACUCAGAUUAAACCCAAUCCCCAAAAUCUAGACCAAUAUCACCAACAAAUGCAUACCAUGCAAGUCCUGCACCCAGCUAUAAUUGAAGAAAGAAUCAGAGAUACAUGAACACAAUUCAAACCGCCUGCAACCAAAGGCAAGAUGGGCUAGCAAGCAAA